UCAGUGAUAACUCGCAGGUUUUUCAGCCUUACGUGCUGCGAACUCGCCGGAACAGCACAACAGUUAUGAGCCGUCACAGUAUGUUGCUGUCAUCAUCUCCUAUUCGCAUUCCUAGUAGCCGACUUCAUCAGAUCAGAAGGGAGGAAGGAGUGGAUUUAAUGAACAGGGAAACAGCACAUGAAAGGGAAGUGCAAACAGCAAUGCAGAUAAGCCAAUCAUGGGAGGAAAGCUUGAGCCUGAGCGACAAUGACUUGGACAAGUCUGAGAAAUCUUCCUCCCCAAAAAGAAUAGACUUCAUCCCAGUUUCGCCUGCACCUUCUCCUACGAGAGGAAUAGGAAAGCAAUGUUUUUCACCAUCGUUGCAAAUGUUUGUGAGUAGUAAUGGCUUACCUCCAAGUCCUAUUCCCAGUCCAACAAGGCGAUUCUCCAGCAGGAGGAGUCAAAGUCCAAUCAACUGCAUCAGGCCCAGUGUUCUUGGUCCCAUUAAAAGAAAAGGUGAAAUGGAAACUGAAAGUCAGCCAAAGAGACUUUUUCAAGGAACAACCAACAUGCUUUCUCCAGAUGUUACACAUCUGACAGAUCUCAGUUCAUGUCUGUCUUCAGAUAUUCUUGAUGGGAGCAGCAGCAGCGUUGGCUCUUCCUCUGACUCCCUGACUAAAGGCAGCAUAACCACGGAGUCCCCAGUAACGUGCUCCAACUCCUGCUCUUCGUUCAUCUUGAUGGAUGAUCUCUCACCCAAGUGACUUAACCAGCUCUGAGGCGGCGGCUGGCUGUGCUGUUCCUGACUGUGCACUCGUACAGAGAAACGAACUCUGAUCCUUGAACCAUUAACACGAGGAUUAAUGCUAAAUGGAAAAAAAUUAUUGUAACUGUAAUCCUUGGCAACUUUCCAGUGAUUUUGAUUUAUCCAUUUAAUGGACAUGUUAGACCAUAUUAAUGUCUGAUUUUUGCGGAUUUAUUUUAUAGGCAAGAUGUCUGCUCAGAUUAUACUAACUUUUUGCUUUCAAAAACUUGCAUACACUUUUGAUUCCAAAAUAGGUGUCUACCUAUUAGUGUUGCAAUUUUUAGAAAAGUACUUAUCACUAUUGUGGUCGCUAUGUCUAGGGAAAUAACGUGGUUCAGAAGGAUUUGAAAAUAUUAACUUAUUCUCUGGCACUUCUACCAUUAAGUAAAACUAUUUACCUUUUUUUUCCCCUCCCCUCUCCAAUAAUUACUCACAAAUUUUCUCGCAAAAGGGGAUUUUUUUUUUUCUUCCUAUUGCUACCAGUCACUUCCUUUAAUAGAGAAGACCACUACUGGUCUGGAAAUCUCAUUCUGUUGCAUUUUAAAAAAAUAGUGACUGGUAUUUCUGCCAUCGGUUGAAAAAGUAACAGUACUCUAUGAACACGAUUAUGAAAUAGCUGCAUAGUUCUCUCUCCAGACCCUUCAUCCUACAGAUUAUAUGAAAUAUGGUCAAUUUUCAGAAGCCUUUGGCCAAGGAAAGUGAAUCCAAGCCUCAUUCGAAGACAUACAGUGCAAAUAAUAACUAAGUUAUUGAAACUACUGUGUAGGAGAACAUGUAUGGCACCAUCAAUGUCUCCUGUGGCAUUGAGGUCAUAGGUAUUUUUGUGCCUUAGGGGACAUUGUUACAAAAUUAUGGAAUGUAAACCUGAGGGGUGGGUGGGAAAAGUCCUUAGUGUACAGCUUGUUUAUAGGGUGCUUACCAGGUCCUGUUGUCACUGCAGCUUUCCUUAGUCAGCCAGGGGCUGGGGGAGCUCCCGGCCGCGCUGAGAGAGGGCAGCCUAUAUAAUAAAGACCUUUGGACUUUAUUAUCUGCUGCCCACAGCAUUUUAUGCCUUUGUCACAAGCAGGGCAAGCGACUGAAUGAACAUUUGGUUGCUAAAAAUGUUGAAGGUUGGACCGCCAACUUGCUCUGCAAAUUGCUCAGCUAAGGAGCUGCGUCUGAGCUCUGAGCAGUCUCGAUACGGUAUCUUGGUCAGUCUAAGGUAAGACAAUAGGUAUUUUACUUUUUAAAGAGACUUAAUGGGGCAAAAUAAAUCCGUUUGUAAUCUACUGUGUUAUGCUAUUUAUUAUUUAUAACUAUGUAAAAAGUCUGUGGUGAUGAAUUAUAGUAUUUUUUUAUGAUUGAAUAAGUUUUUUAUGUUCAGUAAUUGCUGGCUGGUUUGUAUUUAAUACGCAACAUUGUCUGCCAGAAUCAUAAGCUUCCAUUUUUGAAUGUUUAUAAGUAACAUAAAUGCUUUUGUUAUCUAAAAGUACAACUUCUGAUCUUUUUUUGAAAGAAAAUAGCACUGAAUUUAAAGGAAGAUUAUGUGCUUUAAAAGUGAGCACAGUCUCUGGCAAUACUGUCUGGCUAAAAAGGGUAGGGGUGAACCAUAGUUUUUUGCUUUUUUUUCUGAAAAAGCUGUUUAGUUUCCAGAAAACGUGUACAUACCAUAUUAUUUUUUAAAGCGUUUCCAUUGCAUUUGUAAGAAGUACAAUAAUGGGCCAACAGUGGCACUUUCAUUUGUAUUACCAUUUUCUUCUGCGGAGCAUCAGUUCCCCACUUCCAAUAAAUGUGCAUAUUGUAAAAAUAUUGUCCAUUGGUGCCAUUUUUAAAAGAGCUCUACAAUACUGAAUGUCAAUUUUAUUUGUAUAUGCACAGUGCUAUUUCUUGAAUUUUCGAUGUCUUAAAUGGCUUCGKUUUUUUAUUCAUGCUUGUAUUUCCUCUGCCUCCUUGCUGUUAAAAGAAGGCUCUUUUUMCAUUUGCAAAGUACUGAUAAACGGUCUGUGAUAAAAUUCGACUUGUUAUUUGUGCCCCGGUUUCAUUAUAGCGUGCGUCUUGGUGCUGUGAGUUAGAAACCUGACCUGGGGGUGGCAGAAGGGGCAAACCUAUUGCAUGCUUUCCUGAAGAAGAGCAUAGUUAUUGCUUAUUAUUUGGCUGACUUACCUGUACAAUUGAUGUAUUCCAGAUUUGUUUGUCAGUGGAGAGUCGUAUAUAAGUGCUGGCCUCUGUAAACAUUAGAAUGUAAGCUUCAUAAAGCAAACGCACAACUAUCGCUCUUGUUACAGCAUUUUUUUUAACCUUCUGCCUAUUCUUCACACUUUAAAAUACAUUGCUUUUAUAAAAUAUAUAUAUAUAUGCACUCUGUUUCAGAUUAAAUGUCAUUGUGCAACUGUAAUAAUCCCGUUUAGGACCAAACUUGCACACAGCUAAGACCACUUGUUCGUGUUAACACUGGACACAUGGAAUUUUCUAAUUUUCUAGCUGGUGCCUGUAUCUAACUGCAUGUGAGUUGCUGCUGCUUAGAGUCAAUCUUUACUGCUGUGUAAAGGUUAGUGCAGGAGACUCUGACUAAAACUGACCGAAAGGCCACGUUUUCUGCAUUUAUUGGAUUUAUUGCAUUAUCUUGGCUGCAGUGAAUUUAAUUUCAGUUUGGGGCUAGCAGUUGGUGCUGGUAGUCACUUUAAUAGGUAACCCCAGACACUUUAAAUGCAGCCUCUGGCCGCUUGUUGUUUGUUUUUGAAUAUCACCAGACUUAGCCCUGAAUUGCUAUGAUGGAUGUUUGGGAAUUUCACCUUUCCCCCUUUUAUUUUCCUUUUGGAAGUUAGCUUCCAAAAGAAAACUGGAUGCGUUUUUGCUGGGAAUUGCUAAGAAACCCCAGAGAUGGCUUAUCUUUUAGCACAGUAACUAUUAAGAAGGAGAAAACGCUUGCAAAUAAGCAGUGUAAUUCAAGCGGCAUUUUACACAGACUAUUUUUAGUAUGUUAAUGAGCACAGUGUUAUGAUGUUAGACUUUGCAGGGCUCGUUGAAUAGCUCUGCCUUUAGAUUAUAUCGGAAAUAAACUCAGCCCUCAUUUAGCAAGCUUAAAAUGCUGGCAGCAUUUUAUUGGUAAUUUAGGGGGGAAAAAAAAGGCUAUAUGAGCUGUAGAAUUCUGUG